GGUCGUGACGGGGCGUGCGCGCUCCAAAACUCCCGGCGCCCCUGCCCGCACUUCCUGGUCGGAGGGGGCCGAGCGGCGGCAGGGGUCGCCUCGGCCCGCCUGACUCCCGCCCCUCCCUCGGCGGUCACCUGGGGCGGAGCGCUGCAGGUACCGGGGAGGCGGACUCGUCUCUUGUCUGGUCUGGCGCCUGGCGCCAGGGACGCAGAAGCCUUGGCUUAUUUAUGUGGCAUUUUUGUAUGCCAGGAACCAAAAGUAAGAUAAUUCAAGGCACUAAACUGAAGUAAAAUAGGAAGAUUAUCAGCUGAAAGACCUGCUGGAGAAAGCAGAGUAAGUAUGGCCCUGCAAUACUUCUGGACGGGUCAGAUCGCAAAGCCGGCCGCAAGAUGCCUUGAAAAGGACUUCCACAUUAACUCUGGAUGGAAAAUAAAGUGAAGCAGCGUUUUAUCGUAUAUAUUUCAGCAGGCCUUCUAAGGUUUAACUAAAAAUAUGACCGCCCUUUCUUCAGAGAACUGCUCUUCUCAGUACCAGUUACACCCAAUAAAUCAGCUCCUAGAUGGUAACUCUCUGCUAGUCUUGAUUAUACUGGGAAAAAUAUUAUUAAAUAUCCUCACACUGGGAAUGAGAAGAAAAAACACCUAUCAAAAUUUUAUGGAAUAUUUUUGCAUUUCACUAGCAUUCAUUGAUCUUUUACUUUUGGUAAACAUUUCCAUUAUAUUCUAUUUCAGGGAUUUUGUGCUUUUAGGCAUUAGGUUUACUAAGUACCACAUCUGCUUAUUUACUCAAAUUAUUUCUUUUACUUACGGCUUUUUGCAUUAUCCAGUUUUCCUCAUAGCUUGUAUAGAUUAUUAUCUCAAUUUUUCCAAAACCAACCUUCCAUUUAAGUGUCAGAAAUUAUUUUACUUCUUUACAGUAGUUUUAAUUUGGAUUUCAGCCUUUGCUUAUGUUUUGGGAGACCCAGCAAUCUACCAAAACCUGAAGGCACAAAGUGCUCAUUCUUAUCACUGUCCUUUCUACAUCAGCAUUCAAGGUUACUGGCUGUCGUUUUCCAUGGUGAUGAUUUUAUUGAUUGCUUUUAUAACCUCUUGGUCAGAAGUUAUUAUCUUGAUACAGGCUAUUAGGAUAACUUCCUACAUGAAUGAGACUGUCCUGUAUUUUCCCUUUUCAUCCCAGUCUAGUUAUACCGUGACCUCUAAAAAGACACUUUUGCCCAAGUUCAUUGUCUGUUUUCUCGGUACCUGGUUACCAUUUGUCCUACUACAAAUAAUUAUCCUUUUAUUUAAAGUAGAGAUUCCAGCAUAUAUUGAGAUGAACAUUCCGUGGCUGUACUUUGUGAAUAGUUUUCUCAUUGCUACAGUGUGCUGGUUUAAUUGUCACAAGCUUAAUUUAAGAGACAUUGCAUUACCUGUGGAUCCAUUUGUCAACUGGAAAUGCUGCUUCAUUCCACUUGCAAUUCAUAAUCUUGAGCAAAUUGAAAAGCCUAUAUCAAUAAUAAUUUGUUAACAUGUUACAACUUACAGCUACAAUAAGAAUCAUAAGUUUAUAAACAAAAAAGAAUGACGACUCAGGACACAGAGAUUGAACUGAGCCAAAACCUCCCUCAACUGUCCCUGUCCCCACCAUGUUCAUACUUUUUCCUAAUGUGUAUUUUGGGGCUAUGAUACUAUUUGUCUGUUUUUUAACAAAAUAAUUCCAAGGACAAUUUUUAUACCUAUUCAGGAAAACUGCAUGUUACAAAUAUUACUACAAAAGUGAAAUAAGUUAACAUUUGAACAUACUGAUGUUUCUGUUAUCCAAAAAACUGCUGGAUCACAAACUGUUUUGUAAAUCUGUUAUUUGCUGCCAACUUUAAUACAAACUUAAAUAAACAUUUUUAUUAAACUCAAAGGUUGUUUUCUUAAAAGGAUUUGGUAUAAAAAUUCUUUAACAUAAGGG